AUGCUGAAAGCUUUGGAAUUCAAUGCGUAUGCCGUCGAGUAUUUGGCAGCGCCCUUGCUUGAAGAGCGGGAAAUUUGGAUGACAGCCACAAAGCAGAAUUUCCAUGCACUGCGGUCCUGUUCUGCGGAUUUGCUUGGUGACAAGGAGACAGCGCUGUCACUGAUUGAAGCAGAUGCCUUCGCUUUGCGAUAUUUGUCACCAGAGCUUCGCAGUGACCGAGAGGUGGUCCUGCAGGCCUUGAAAGGUACCGGCUUGGCCCUGGAAUUUGCCUCUGCUGAACGGAUUGGAACCGGGCGUAUAGUUGUGACUGCUUUUAAGCAACCUUACGCAGUUGCUGAAUGCUUCCCAUCCACGAAACGCCACGGCGCCGUGACGGAGUUGCCCUUUGGGUUGACGUCGUAUGACCUGAGGCCGAUCCCCCCAGCGCAAACCGAGGAUGGCUUGGCACUGGAGUUUGCUUCCCUGGAGCUGCAGAAGGAUGAAGGCAUUGCACUCGAGGCCGUCAAGAGCAACACAGCCAGGUUGCAGGCUGCAGUGGCUGGAGGAAGCAGCAUUCUACGCUUCGUCGCUCCUGAGUUUGCUUCAGACAAGGUUUUUGUCAUGCACGUCAUCAAGUCAGACUGUACUGCCCUGAAACACUGCCCAAAGGAGUUGCAGGAAGAUCCCAGCCUGCAGCUGGCAGCUGUGGAAGCAGGUGGUCCCCAGGGAAGCGCUGCACUGGAACUGGCACCCCAAGCUCUGCGCACUGAUCGUGCCUUUUUGCUGCGCUGUGCCAAGAUCACACCCCAGGCCCUGCGACUGGCACCGGAGGAGCUGCAAAAAGAUCGCAGCUUUGUCAUGGAGGCAGUGCGUGCCAGAGGCGCCGCCCUUCAAUUUGCACUGUUCGAGUUUCGCAUGGACCAUGAUGUGGUUUUCGAAGCGGUGAAGCAGGACUUGGGUGCUCUAGCGUUUGCAGAUACAAGUUUGAGACAUAAUGCGAAGUUCAAGGAAGAGAUUGCCUAUUUGCAGAAGGGCAUCCAGGUUUCGAUCGAGGAUCUGCACAGAGAACAACAACAUCCAACAACUUACGGCCUCGCGGCGAAGCCGUUCCUCGCCAUGGUAUCCACGGUGGCGAAUCGUCCCCGGGCAUCAGUUGUUCAGAGAGGACAGGCGGCCGUGCGCAAUGCGGCUCCAUCGACAUGCGAUGAACCGAAACCAUCACCAGUGGCACAAGGAUCGAGCGAGGAGCACGGCCACUUGGCGGGCCGCUAUCCCACCUCACUCGUCUUGGCCAUGGUCAUGAUGGAUUUGCUGCCAGGCAUUGUCGAGUUCAGAACAAGCACGGGCGCUUCGGACUUUCUUGACUUCCGUACGCGCGUUGGAUGGCUGCUCAUCAGUAGGCUCAGGACAAGUGGCAUUGCCUUCAACGUUGCGUGUCUGCUGCUGUCCCUGCUGGGCUCUCCUGCCAGGCUGGUAUGUCCGCUGCUUCAGCGCUUUCCAAAGUGUUUCCUCUUCGUGGGAUUUUUGCUUCGGCUCUUGGAAGAGUGCGUGAGUCCAAGGUUUCUUCCCCGCACGAUCUACGUGAUCUACCUGAAAAAGGCUUACGUGCGUGUGCUUGUGUUCAGCAUCUCAAUUUAUGCCCUACAGUGGAUCGCAGACUGCUUUUGGAAGGUCUUGCAGUUCUUCAGACCCAUGGCCAAACAACAGGCUUCACGCAGCGAUCUGAAGGAGAAGAUCCGAAAUCUAGAAGAUCAAGUUGAGUGCUUGAAAGCUGCUGUGCAGCUGGCAGAGAAGGGAUCGAGCGUGUGCAAGAUUUGUUAUGAACGAGAGGAAGUGCUGGAAGAAGGCUAUGCUUUGCCAGGUCAAGCGGAUAUCGUCUUCAAACUUUGUCCUGGCUCUGAAGUUUUGGAGGCACGAAAUAAUUUUCCAGUUACCUUGAAGCUAUCCUUGUCACAAGACGGGAUGUAUUUUGCAGCUUUGGGCCACUUGCCUCCUGGCCGGUCCUCCUGGAACUUUCGUGCAAACUAUGUCCGCAUCCAAUGGACCAAAACCAAAGAGCUCCUGGCAGAAGCGCCAAAGGGCGUGCUGGGCCUCUUCGGGCAGCCAUGCUUUGAUACCAGCAACCUGACUUUUCCAAACACCGAAUGGCAAGUGCCGCAGGUAGUGGUGCGACCCCAAAAUUGCUUCUCUGCAAUGCUCUCGAAGCAUUGUUGUCACCCUUUGAGACCACAAUGCUGGGGCUACAACACUUUGCUUGCAAUGGCUUGCUGUGCUGUUUCUUUCGAACUAUCCACAUCGAAAUCAUCGACUUGUUUAGUGUCCAAUCCAAAGUUUCCAAAUUCCAACCAGGAUUGUCGAGGACGUCCGGUCAAUUUUUUCCGUACAUUCGGGGAUGGAAACGAGCUUAGGCUGGUCGUUGGAGGUCGGAUUUGGCAAAGUCCCCCACAUGAGAUCAAUGCCUCGUUGUCAGUUGGCUGUCUUUUCCAGAGUGUCGUUUACCUCUUUCACGAACUUCAUCACCUGAGCCGUGACGCCAAAUUCUUGCAAGCUAUGUCAGCACACCAACUCCACCUAUACGUUCGACUAUUUCAGGAGCUGGUCCUGGCUUGCGACCUUGAGGAUGAGGACUUUUUCCAGCUGAGCGGCUUGCUGCCCAACCAGAUGCUGUACCUCGUGUGGCUGACGACGGGGAGGCGCUAUGAUUGGCUUUUGGAUCGAGUACCACGUCCCUCGCGGCCAUUAAUCAUUGACAUUGGCACAGCUGGAGGUCUAGACACUGCACUGUACUUGGCUUUGGGUGCCCAUGUGGUGUCUGUGGAGGCCAAUCCAUUGGCAGCCAACUGCAGCAAGAGCCGUUUGACGAGACAGAUGCGAACUGGAAAGCUGAGACUGCUGAAUGCCAAGAUCAGCACAGGUAUCGGCCAAGACGUGUUCUUGGGCUCAUCACAUGCUUUGGACUUUGAGCGAGCGGGAGAGGCGGAGUUGCCUCGCUAUGAGUCGAACAGGUUCGAGAAGAAAGUUCACCUUCCAACGACCAGCUGCGGUGAUCUAGUUGCCAAGUAUGGCACUCCCUGGUACAUGAAGGUCGACGUGGAGGACGCAACAAAGAUUUGCUUGGACUCCUUGGUACGUUUGCCGUUGGAAGCACGACCCGCCCUCAUCUCAGCCGAGAUGGAAGACAAGACCGUUCUGCAGCGAUUGCUUGCCCUUGGAUAUCAGAGCUUCAAGAUUGUGCGGCAAUCACCUCACAGCGGUGUGAGGACCUUGGCACCUGGAUGUGCCUUGCACGGUGCAUCACAGCUGGUUGAAAGUGCCAGUGGCCUCUUUGGGGAUGCUGCCGCAGAUGUGCUCACAGGCUUGGGGGUCUUGAAGGAUUACAGCUAUAGUCACGGUUGGAGGAUGAGUUUGGAAGGGCUCGAGGCCCCUGACUGUCAGGAGCAGUUACUGUAG